CCGCUUUGGUCACACUGCUCGGCGACCAACCAAAUUGCAUUAGAUUUUAAAAAGUUUCAUUAACUUAAUUGGAGCAUUAGUCAGCCGCUUCUGGGAAUUCCGACGAAGGCAGGUCAAGGGUCAAUGCGCAGUCAGCCACAGAGGUUGACUCAAGAAACAAAAGCCACAACAGCUGUUCUGCCGCUGGCAAUCCGGAUGCCAAUCUGGCACACACGGGGAGCAGUAUGCGCCGCAACAACUACCCAUAUCAGCCCCUGAACCAGCAGCCAUCGGGAUCCCAUCCUGCGGCGAGUCACGAUUCCCUGGAGGCGGAGAACGAACAGGCGGCGGAGGAGCUGAAACAGAAGAUCGGGGCCCUAAAGUCCCUCACCAUCGACAUAGGCAAUGAGGUGCGCUACCAGGACAAGCUGCUGCGCGGGAUCGACGACGACAUGGACCGCACAAGUGGGUUCCUGGGCAACACGAUGACGCGAGUGAUGCGACUGGCCAAGCAGGGCGGUGGUGCCCGCCAGAUGUGCUACAUGUUUCUCUUCGUCCUCUUCGUUUUCUUCAUCCUCUGGCUGACCCUCAAGUUCAAGUAGUUGUUGCUAAUUUUUGUAAAAUAUAUACCAACUGAUUUGUAUUGUUUAGGGUAGAUAGUUGAACUUUUUCUGGAAUGUCCACAUUUUGAUUAGUUGUUUUUUGAUUAAGCCCAAGAUUGUAAAGCAGCUCCAAAGGACAGAAGGAAACUAAAUAUGAAAAAGAAUUAUUCUGAAUUUGA